GCCAAGAACAACCGCUCUAGCACGUAAAAUCAAAAUAGGAUAGUAAAUAACGGACGGAGCUCGGAAAUUAUGAAAUAUAGGAUGAAGGAGACGAGGACGGGUUUACACAGCCAGAGCCAUUACCUCUAAGAUGCGUCUCCGAGCGUUGGCUUACCGAUUGGGCAAUCCUUGGAAGCUUUUCGCCUCAAAAUGAGUUUUUCUUUUUGCUGCGUCGCCAGCUGCUCCCUGCAACGUCUGCCCCAUCCUUGUGCGCUACGAUAGUCAGGUUUUCUGUACAGUGAGAGUGGCCGCGGCUAUAGUCUUUCCCACUGACAUUUUGGUUUUGGAAAUAACGAAACGCAAACCAAAAGGCGGUGGAAAGGCUGUUGCUUCCGCAGACAUUUGGUACUACACCUUACUUCACUUUUCUUUUCAUCGUGUAAACGCAAUUCCAGAUGUAGAAGAUGGUGCGGUCGGCUGAUUUUUUUUUUGUGUCUUGAAUUAUCUCGAACUCGAGGGGUAUGUUUUUCUUCGGUUAUUUUUGCCUUUGGAGUCGUUGCUGCCGUUUUGUUUUUCGCCAGAUAGACUGUCUUUGAAUUUUCGUGCGUGCGAGUACGAGUGUUUUGUAAUUGAUGUAUUUCUGUAUGCGACGGGGUUGUCGUAGAAUGUAGGGUCAGUCGUCACAACAAAAAAACAGGUUCUUGGGUCGUGCGUGAACGAGACUACGUCGAUAGAUUUUCAACUUCAUCCUCUUGUCAGAUCGCUUGUGCAGCUGAAGCCGACAAACGAAAGAAGCUACUUGCGAUACAACAUCAGGAAUCAUUCUUCCUCCUGUUGCCGUUGGCAGAAACGAGGUGAGACCAAGUCUGUGCCCUUGCCCAUUGUACUAGGUCCUUCAUCUUUUCUUCCGGCAAGGUACUUGAAGUUUUCUCGACUAAAAGCACCUAUUCCGGGCUUGGUCAUCAUCCCAGCGGAUCAAAGAAUAUCAAACUCUCAUCUUCAACACCCUCGAAUCAAGAAAAAGACAACAGAAUCAUGAUGGACGGACCAGCAGAUGAUGGAGACAAAGAACACGAGCCCAUUCAGGGCCCGGAUUCCUCCACGGGCCCCAUGAAGGACGGCCCGAGCCCCGAUGACUUGGUAGAGACGCGAGAGCCAGGUACCAGCAAAGAUGCACCAGCUUCAGCUUUAUUCCGUCGUCCAAGAGAGCGUCCAAGAGAGCAGUCAGGGUUAUUCCGUCGUCCAAGAGAGCAGCAGCACGACAGCAAGUCCUCCUACGGCUCUGCCGGGAGCGCUGGACACCCGGACGGGGGGGCAGAUUUAGUAAACGUAGCUACAGCGCCCGCGUCCUCCUCCAUCAGCGAGCCGAAGAACCCGAACGGGAUGACUACCUCGACGGCGGUCAAGAUUGCGAGCUCCAUGACCACCGCGGCCGAUGCCGGACUUGGUUCUCGGACUACAGGGACAUCAAAACAAGACCACGUGUCCGCACCUCCCCCCGCCCAGGAUCCUGCGCCAACAUCCGUGAUCGCUCCUGCCGCAGCUUCCGCGUCAACUCUCGUCUCCUCGUCUUCCUCCGCACCUGACGCGGGCGCGGACCAACAUCGCGGUGACGGGACUACUUCUCUGACGAAAAAGUUGCUGACCCUGAUCUCUGAAGGCUAUGCAUUGCAAAUAUGUCGGGCUCUGGAUUUGUCAUGCAAAUUUGAUGGCAGGCCAUAUUUAUCUGUUUCUGUAUAAGCACAACGAAAUGCGGUUGAGCAACUUGCGCUUCUUUGUCGUACGGGAAACCAGGUUGGUGUCAUGCGUUCUACGAAUAUGUGAAUCUGCAAUGAGCCACCCAGAAUUUGUAAUGCUGCUAUGCCGUACAAGAGGCUACUCUGCCAUGCAAAUGCAAGCUUCAACAACAUAACUUUCCAGACCCAGACAUGUUUGCAAUACAUAUCCCCGUGCUCAACGAGGAGGAGCAACACGCGCUGGCACGAACGAUCUCCGGCAAGAUCGGUGCUGAAGAACCGGUGGGUUCACUCACCGAGGAGUUGAGGGAGCGGUGGAAGAUGAUGAAUGCGUCCACCGCAAGAGGUGUGGCGGCUAAUAAGGCCAAACUCCAGCAGGACGACUCCCCCGAUGGACAGGUCGACGCGGUAGAAUUUACGGAGCAACAACUUCUGCGCAGCAACCAGGGGGGCCGCAAACUUGUUAUGCAAGUGAGAAAUCAUCAAUCGUAGUUGUGCCGACUUCGACUUCCUCUCUACCCCACCCGAUUUCUGUAUAAUUCUUGUUGAAAGUAGACUAAGUAUUUCGCAAAGAAACUACUGUACGCAUAAUUGAUGAGGGUGUCAACGGUCAUCUACCAACUGCCUGUGCCAUCGGUGGGUCCAUGCAGGUUUUUGCGGAUGGGGUAAAGAUAAAGUAGAGUUCAGUUGGCAACACAGUUUUUCCUCGGAAUACUGAGAAUCAACAAAGGAGUGCUCGGUGUUCAAUUGCAGGCCACGGUUGGCGAAGGUGUGCUGGAGGAUCAGAUCUUCGACGCACUUGUGGGAACGCUGAAAAGUUCAGUCCAAGAGUGCCGCCAAAAGGGUGACGCAAUGAAAGACGAACUGGAGAAAAUGCAGGAAGCCCUCGAUGAUGCCCGCCAACAGAAUGAGGAACGGCGCCAACAGGAUGAGGAACAACGCCAACAGAAUGAGGAACGUCUGAAAAUUCAGGAAGAGAAAACCCGCGACCUAGAAGCGGGGAAAAAAAACACCGACAGGCAACUCAAAAACACCGAGAGGCAGCUUAAGGGGCUACAAGAUGCGAAGAGGCAGGACCAGGAAAGAAUCGCGCAGCUUGAGCAGGCGAAGGCUCAUCAAGACAAGCGGACGGCCGCGCUUGAACUUGCCGAGCAGCGGCGCACGGCGUUCGAGCACGCGCAGUACCAGCUCGGCGAGAUUGCCAGCAUGCUGGAGAUUUUCUUCAAGGAUCCGGAGUGGCACGCGUGGGACGAAACCGUCGAGGACGCGGAAAUUUUGCGGGAAAUUAAAAGGGUCUUAGACGAAGUGCUUUCCAAGUGGAGCUUCGAGCAACAUACGGUGGUGCGGGAGUUGGACAGACUGUGGCGAAAGAUCCGGAAGCCGAGUAAUCACUGGCGCAUCGUCAUGUGCUCCGAGGUGUUCGAACAGUGUUUGCUCGCGUACGCGGUACAUGUGGAAGCAGUCCGGGCGGCUAAGGGGGUGCUCAAACCGGAAACGAAAGGCGUGCUCCAAGUGGUUUUAUCAACUGCAGAGAUGUCUGUGCCGGGAUCAUUUCAAUCAUGUUUGUGAAGAUGCGCCUGUGCCUGACCAUGGAUCUUGAGACCCAACCUCGAUGGCAAUCUCGUAUACCCAACCUCGAUGGCAAUCUCGUAUACCCGACAGAUUUUUGUACUAUUGCUGCCACCGAGACCUAGGGGGCGAGGACUAAGUAUUUGUAUUUCGCAUCACAACUUUGCUCAUGAUUAAAUUCCCGGACCCAGAUCUAUUUGCAAUGCAUAAGUACUUACUUCGUGGCGUAAGUGGCAAAAGGAGGUCGAGGAGUACGAGGAAUCUUUGAAGAACCCGGUGGAAACGGGACCAGCACCGGAAGUCGAGGAGCCGAAUUUUUUUGCCUUGCAUCGUCGGCAGCUGAACGAACUGCCCGGAGAUGAUGCGGCCCCCGACGCAAGCAAGAAUUCGCAGCUGCAAGUAGAACAGCCGCCAACGCACCAUGCAGCACCGGCGCUAGAACAACCACCAGCCACGUUGGGGCCAAAGAAAUCUUCUGUCAAUGCCGCGAGGCAGCGCGAUGUCCUCGAACGGGGCGGCAAAACCUCUUCCGCUGAGCAGCAGAACAAGAAGCCCGCGACCUCCUUGUUUAGUAAGCCACACAAACUUUUUUCCGCUCUCUGGUGCUCCAGGGCUGUUUGCAGGAGGAACCUCGUACUAAUUCAUUUUUGUCAUGCAACUGAUAAAACCACAUCAUGCACGUCAUUGACAUUGUAGUCUGAGCGCAGCUGCACCACGCGCAUAUCAAAACUAUUCCUGUAGAACUGCACUAUUCAGUGUGACAUUCCUUCUGCACACAGACUUUGGUCGGAGACCGGACCGUUUGUUGUUGAUAACGAAGCCGGCAAGUCGCGUCGCCGCUGGCCCGAGUACAACCGGAGCAUCCGGAUCUUCAAGCAGCUCUGGGGGAAAUAGCAAACUGGGCAACAACUACACCAGUGCGAAGGAACCAGUGUCGGCGAAGGUGGGAUCGAUGCCUUUGCGGCACAAGCCACUGCACGAGCCGAAGUACAAGCGAGAGCCGUUCUUUGCGAAGAUUUUUGAUAAAGCGACUACCUCCUCCUUUGCGCAGAACCGUCCGGCGUGGGCGUUGAAGCACGUCGGGGCGAGCGGCAAGAGCAACGCGCCGGCGGGCGAGUCCGGGGCGUCGAGCUCGUCCUCUUCCACCUCCAGGUUGGCCCAGAACAAGUCGGGACGCGAAGCCUCGACGGGGCGAAGCGGGGCCGCAUUAGAAGAGCCAUCGGCCCUUCUUGGACCACGACCGGGGGGCAGUAGUAGUAGCAGUAGCACUGGUAACACAUCUGCUUCCGGCUCCGCCCGGGUCGGGCGCGAAGCGAGAAGUCAAGCAGCGGUCGCGCCGGGCGCCGCGGGGCAACUAUACGAUCCGCUCACCGGGAGGCGUGUGGGCGUUUCGACGAAGGCGCCCCGUAGCUGCUCAGCGAAGAACAGGAAACCGCGGGUGGACCUAGUGGCGCCCUGUGAUAUGAAGCGAGUGGAGGAGCGGGCCGCGGAGAAAGCCCUACAACAGAAGUGACCGCUUUCUGUUCAUUCACCUAAGGGGAGGACUUAGUCUCGAAGAAGUUGAUAUUGAAAGGAAGGCGCGGCUCGAGAUCAGGUAAAAGUGAAGUUUUUGUCUUGCAAGCUAAAAAGAAGCGAGUGCGUGUGCGAGACAUUGACAGACUGGUCAGAAGUGGUGCUAUUUCUUGAUUGAUUGAAAUCCGAAAUAAAAUUGAAAAAACAAAACAGUUUCCGUGCAGUAUCCAAGGCAUCGAAGGCUUGAUUCGCAGUGGGGGGACCAUGAGUGAAGUUCUCUUGACGUCUCUUUCCGAUGGUAAUUUUACGAAGUUGAGAUUCUACGUGCGCAGGGCAUGUCAUGCCGACGUGUAAAAAAUUAACAGUGUUUUUGAAUUGGAAUUCUACAACGUGUGAACUCUACUUGACAGUACAGCUACACGAUUCGGCGUUUUCACCUGUUUACAGUUAUCUGACAACAAAUAAAAGUACCAAGAAAACCACACUGACUGACUUUGAUUGGUUUUUUGGCGAUACAGCUAUAAACUAAAAGCAAGAAAAAAAACACAAAACCAAAUCAUGACGAAUACCAUACAAAGAAGACUCACGAUCAUAAUCAAGAUGAAGGGCACUAGAGCAAAAGAGACUGCGAAAAAUCUAGAAUCAUACGAUCCGCAACAUUCAAAUUUUAUCUAAUUUUGGUUUUCAGCCUUCUGUCCAAUCGUUCUUACAUCGCUUUUUUGACUCGCAGCAACGCGAAGCGCC